CUGUUCUUUGGAAUUAUUUCUCAACUGCAGCUUGGUUUGCGACGUCCUAUCUUUGAGGCUCCACGGUGCAAUCCUCUGCAUAUACAUUCAUUUUUGUGAUAUCAAAAUGGGGAAGAGCACUAGAAAGAAAAAGGAGAAGGCGAAGGACUUUGCCAAGCCGAAGCUGAAGGUGGGAAAGAAAGUUGGAAAAGCUGCAAAUGUCACCGAGACUGCUUUCAAAUCAUCAGCUGUCCAUUUGUCUACGCAACUGGAAAAGGCUGCUGCCGGUUCUGUGACCACUUCUCGUGGCGUGACGGUGAAAGGGCUGUUGCAGCAGCUGACUCACUUCAACUGUAAAACUCGCGCGAGUGCCUUGUCAGAAUUAGCUACCCUGUGCACGAAUAAUUCUGAGGUGGUAUCAGUGGAACUUGGAGCACUGCUGGCUAAGGCUGGACCACUUGCCGUGGACUCGGACAGACGUGUUCGUCAAGAGUUCGCAGCCCUGCUGAGAGUCAUUCUAUCUUCAUUGUCAGCGGAGCGUUUGUGUACCAAGGUGCAUUUGCUGUGUGCUCACGUGGCGUGCGCCCAGACGCAUCUGAACGAGGCAGUGUGCAGCGAUGCAUGCAAUCUGGUGGACAUCUUCGUGGAGCUGGCGGACAAAGCUGUUGUCCGUGAGCAUGGCAUUCCACUGUUGUGCAAUCUAGUAAGGCACGUGUCCGGCCGCCUGAAGAACAUGAGUGUGUACGGUAGCAGUGAAGUGAAGACGGGUCGAGGUCGCGGUGGCAGUGGUGGUGACACAGCUGAGCAGGCAGUCAUGCGCAGACAACUGGCUCAUCUACGCAGCAUCUACAAUUUCUUACGCGCCCUGGCACCUGCCAGCGCCACCGGUGACUUGCCAAGCGAUGAGUCGACAGCGGCAGUGGAAGAGUCGUCCCGUUGUGUUCGUGCUGCUGAUGGCGUGUGUGUGUUGUACAGCUACUCCACAGACAUGCAGCCGAAUCCGCCAACAGCUUGGAGUCUGCCACGACAUGUGCUCAGCAACCUGACCAAUCCAAGCAGCAAAGCCAUGUCAAUGGGCAGCAGCAAUGAUGUUGUCAGCCAGCAGCCUCUAGAGAGCCUCAGGCGUGUGAUGUCGCAGGUUGAGCCGCUUCUAGCCGAGUUCUGGGCGCACACGUCGCCAACGGACUUGUUCCAACGGCUGCGCUCCGGCAAGUCCCCAGCGGGCAGUUUGGAAUUUGCUCUGCUGACGAUCAAGUCGCUUGGUUUGCUGCUGAAGCUGGCGUGUGAUGUGCUACGCGACUUGCAGAAAGACUCUGCCGUUAACCUGAUGAGCUCUAUGUCUGCACAGCUGCUCAACUGCUGCCAGGUGUCUCUGCAAUGCGUUGACCUGUAUAACACGCAUCUGAAGGAUUCAACACGCUGCCUAGACCUGCAGCUGACCCUGUGCCGCGAGCUAACCUCUCUCAAUGACUUCAUGAGUAUCAUGCAUUCUUUGCCCGUGGACGGUGUGCGAGAGCCAACCAGAGGGCAUAUUCGCACUCUGCUUUCUCUGCGCAAGAACAUCACGAAGCAGCACCAGGACAUGUCCUUAGGCCUCUCGUUGUCCUUGAAGCGACUCGCCAGUGACAUAGGCCAAGGCUCGGAUGUGAGCGUGUCAAUGCUGGCGCAGAUUUCGGACGUCGCCGACAUCCUGGCAGACAUCCACGUCUGCAGCACAGGCUCAGAGGUACCUGCUGCGGCUGCACCUCUUGUCGUGCGAAUGUUUGCCAUUGACUAUGGCAUGCUGAUUGCCUGUCUGACCGAUGCCGUUUCGAAGCUAGCAUUGCGCUGUGGCCAUGAUGCUGCCAACGACACGGCCAAGGCGCAGACUGCGCAGCGAGCCGUCGGCAAGCUCAUGGCAUUGUUGGAUACGGUCUACACGUCACGUCGUCACGACCGGCCGCACAUUGACCGAAUCCUGGCGGCGCACCCGCACACGGCGGACGUUGUGCGCCAGUGGGUACGCGAUCUGUGUAGCGCUGUGGCUGGCGAUGCCGCUGCACUAUCAUGGCUUGUUCCUGUUGUUCGAUGUGUGGCAAGCACGCUGGCACUGAGGAAUGCUGACGAUCUAUCGUUGUUGGACGGACUACAAGAGUAAGUGUGUGUUCCGUAGUGGCUGAGCCGCGCUAUUUUCUGACAGUCGCACUAGUUCGAGAGUGUCAUAUCUGGCUUUGCCUGCCUGUCUCGUUAUGUUUUGCUUGUUGAGUUCAUGUGAUAUACAGUAGGGUCAGGUUUUAAGAAUGUUGUACUGUGUCUUGAGUUUACAGUCUCCACGCGAGUGACACCGAUUGUCUGCUUUUGUCCUGUUUCCUCGUCAAUCUGUUUAACAUCGUUGCAAUGUCUUUCCUCUCUCCCAUGCUUGGUGUUGGCUGCAUCCCUGAUUUUUAUUGGGAAAACCAUGCCUUGGAAUCCCAGCGUCUGACUAUGGAAUGCUUGCUGUCAAUACUUUCUCUUGACCAGAUUUAUUACGUUAUUUCCACGUGUUUUGCUUUAAUUUGCCGCAGGCGGCAAAUACGAAACUAUCACGGGCAGAGUCUCCCCGGCCAUUAGAA